AUGGUUGACGGAGCUUGGUUGAAGCUUGGACGGAGAUUGCACGGAGUUUGCGACGUGCCAGGUCUAGAAGGUCAACCACAAGAGAUUUCUUUGUCACAGAAUGCCCUACAAUCAGAGGAGGUCCAGCAUGCUACAAAUUCCAGCAACAUUCAAGAAGGUCCAUCUGAUGUAGCCUUCACAACUCAAUCCAAUCCAACCCGAAGGUUAAAGAACCCUGUUGUUAGGCCCCCACCUCCACCAACCCAGUAUGUACAAUUCAGUCAAGCACCUACAAUAGAUCAAUCUAACCCAACUGCCAACAUGCCAAGUUUCAUGUCCACACCCCCACCAGCACCAAGGCCAACACUAUGGUUCAAAUCUCAACCAGGAGAAGGUCCAGCUCUGAGGUCCCAUACUUCGGCAAAUCCUACUCAUGGCCCAAUAUCUCCUCCAACAAAUCCAACAAGUGGAGAUAGUGCAAUAUCAGCAGAAACAACAGUUGCUGCAAGCUCGGGAACUGCUUCAAGGCAUUUCAAAUUUGUGCCCACUUCCGACUUCAGGCGCCCAGGACUUAGGCCACCUAAGAAGACAUGA